AAGACGUCCAUCACGAAGAAGGUAACCAGCGGCACCACCGACAACCACAUCCCCCACAACAUGAACAAGAGGGACAUCAUUCGCGCCACGGACUUCAACUUCCUCAUGGUCCUCGGCAAGGGAUCCUUCGGCAAGGUCCUCCUGGCGGAAAGGAAGGGCACCGACGAGCUCUACGCCAUCAAGAUCCUGAAGAAGGACAUCAUCAUCCAGGACGACGACGUGGAGUGCACCAUGAUCGAGAAGAGGGUCCUCGCACUCGCUAGCAAGCCGCCGUUCCUCGUCCAGCUCCACUCCUGCUUCCAGACCAUGGACCGGUUAUACUUUGUAAUGGAAUACGUGAAUGGAGGUGACCUGAUGUUCCAGAUCCAGCAGUGUGGCAAGUUUAAGGAACCAGUAGCGGUAUUCUAUGCAGCGGAGAUUGCCAUUGGCUUGUUCUAUCUACACUCCCGCAGCAUCGUUUACCGCGACCUCAAGCUUGACAAUGUCUUGCUGGAUCAGGAUGGACACAUCAAGAUCGCCGACUUCGGUAUGUGCAAAGAGGGCAUCGGUGGAGAUAAGACGACCAAGACCUUCUGUGGAACUCCAGACUACAUUGCUCCCGAGAUCAUUCUGUACCAACCAUACGGGAAGAGUGUAGACUGGUGGGCCUACGGAGUGCUGUUGUACGAGAUGCUGGUGGGUCAGCCGCCCUUCGAUGGAGAGGACGAGGAAGAGCUUUUUGCCGCGAUUACCGACCAUAAUGUCUCUUAUCCCAAGGCUCUUUCUAAGGAGGCGAAGGAAUGUUGCAAGGGUUUCCUGACGAAGCAGCCUCAGAAGCGACUAGGCUGCGGUCCUAAGGGAGAGGAAGAUGUUCGAACACACCCCUUCUUCAGGAGAAUCGACUGGGUGAAGCUGGAGAACCGAGAGGUGCAGCCGCCCUUCAAGCCCAAGAUUCGUCAUCGAAAGGACGUAAGCAAUUUCGACAAGCAGUUCACUUCUGAGCGCACAGAACUUACGCCUACGGACAAACUCUUCAUGAUGAAUCUGGAUCAGACGGAAUUCUCUGGCUUCUCCUACCUUAACCCCGAGUACAUUCAACAUGUAUAAGAAGAUGUAUUUACAUGUUUAUGUACCAGUUUGUCUGCACUUGUUAUAUGACAAGCAACUUUUUCAUUUGUUAUACCUGUUUUGUUACGAUAAAUAUUAUUUGUUUAAUGAUGUAACCUGAAUACUGUGGAGAAUUCCAAAGUUAACAAUGUAUUAGAAAUGCAUAAGAUCUUACUGUAAAAUGGUAUUCAAAUUUUUUCUUUGAAGAAAAUUUGAUUUAAAUGUUGCAUAUUGCGCCUGACAAAUGCUCGAGAGAAAUAUAUAUUUUUUUCUCAUACUUGCUAAUAUUAAGGAUUAGUGUUAAACUUGAAAGUAGUUUCUUUCAAAUGCCUUUCUCUUUAAUACUGUUUUGGUGAAAUGCUUUGUAUGAACAUUUUUAUUUUCCUGUUAAGUAAGAAACAGGAUAGGCAUUUAUUCCUCGGAGCUAAAGACAGAUCUUGUUCUACAUGAAUGAGAAUUAUAUGACCAAAGUCUAGUAUUAUAAGAAUAUUGAUGUAAUGUUUACAUUAUUCAUUCUAAUACAAGUUACCAAGAUAAAAGGUAAGCAAUAAAAAAGUAUAAAAUUAUUGUCAGUAUUAAAAUGGGUUUAUAGUUACAGAAAUGGCAAGUUACAUGAAACAUGUUAUGGAAUUCUGUAUAUAGAAUAUAAAUUUUUUCCCCUGUUGUUUAUCAAAAUGAAGAUAUUCUAGUGAAAUUUUUAGUGAAAUGAAUAGAAAUAAUUAUUUUACAUUCAGUUGAUUUACCUCUGUUGCUAAUACCUCUUUUCUGUUACGAAUGUAUUCUCUAUUCAUUCAUCCCAUGUGGUCCAUCAUAUACCUGAUUGCUGGUUUAAGAUUAAGUAGAGUGAUAUUACCAUGGGAUAAUACUACUGUUCAUAAGGUGGUUGAAUGGUAUGCUAGCCUGUGGAGGAAGAUUACAUCCAACUUUAUGAUAUUAUUCACUCCCUUCUCAGUUCUGGAGAAUUAUAAAGAUUGUCCCCCUUGAAUCAGUACCUAGGUUUGCCAAUGUAAGCCAGAUAUCCUGUUUGACUGAAAUUCAUCAGCGCUUACUCUUGAAUGCCGUUCCAGAUUGACCAUGAGGAACACUGUUUUAGUAUGCCAGUUUUAGUUACCUGUUAGUGUUCCACAAUGUAUUUCUGUAAUUGUUUAUUUUUAAAGGUUGAAUUACAUCAAGUGAUUCUUUGUUUGUAGGGUUCUUCAUACAGGUACACUUUUAUACUUCUAAAAAUCUAGUAUAAUCAAUUGUUUCCAUAUUACAUGUUUAAAGACAUUUAUAUUCACCCUCAUUUUCACACAUAAAUGCAACUCACUCUCUCAUGCAACAAUGCCAACAGAUACUCCCAAAUGCGAAAUUGAUAUCAAACAGAUCUUUAGCAAAGUUCUAAACCAUUCUUAUACCAAAUGUAGUACAUGAAAAAUGUUGGUAAGUUUAUCAGUAGACUUAAUAUAAUUCAAAUUCUUCCCUUUGAAAUGUGCAAUAAAUGCCUUCUGUGUGCUAAAAUUCUUAUUAAGAUUUAUACCAGUGUUGUGAGAUAGUAUUAAUUCCUAGUCAUUCAUCAUUGAUCUAUGAAAGCAUCUAGUCAACAGGCUUAAGAGCUGCUAGAGUAGCAUUACAUUCUAGUGCAGUAUUUUGAACAACUCGUGCAGGAAGAAGUGUAUAAAUGUUUACUAAGUCUUAUUACUGUUUGUACCCUGUGGAAAUUAGAUAUACUAAUGCAGGUAUCAGUCAUAAGGGAAAAUAGUAAUGAUAACUCAAUAGAAGUUACUUUGGAACUAUGGAUAGCAUGUAUUUCUUAAUGAAUUCCAUCUCAGAUUGAUUUCUAAACAUUUUUGUCUUCAGUAACAUAAUGGGUAUUAUUGGCAAAAAAGAGAAUGAAUGAAAUGCAAAUUGCAAUUUUGUAUAUUUUUUAUCAUUUUGACCUGAUUCUGAACACUAUAAGCACUGUACCUGUAUAUUUUUUUGAUACAAUGGCAUAAAAGAAAAACAUUUGUCCUGUAGAUUUUAAACAAAUUAGUUCCAUAAUGCAAUAAGUGCAUUCCUUAUGUAUUGGUGUUAUUAGGAUAUUUUUGCAUGUGUAUUUAUUUGUACCAUGCAUUCAAAACUGUAUGUCUUAUUUCACAGAAAGAUUCUCAACACUUGUGAUUGAAUAUAAAGUGAACCUUGACUUCCUGGUAAUUACUAUUUUUUAUCAACUUGAGUGUGAGAUACAACAUUGAAGGUGCAGAUAAUAAGUCUUUGCUGAAAACAAGCUAGCAUUUUGAUUUUUAGUAAUGUAGAAUGCAGGGGGAUCUGAUUCAGGAGUCAAUGAAAAGGAAAUAAAACAAUACUUUGUAAAUUAUUAGAUUAGUUGACUAAAUAUCAGUAAUAUUGAAACAUUUUGAUACUUUUUGUGAUUGUCUUAAAUCCUUAUACUUUCAUGAAACUUCAAGAAAUACUAUUCCUCUAUUUAAUUUAAUGUUAUAUAUAUAAUUGAUUUUUUAUCAUGAUAAACUUGAGCUUAUCAGCUAUGAUAUGUAUGAUACCUGUUAGUAUUAUCACUACCCUACAGCCUUUAAUAGUAUUUUAGUAAUGAAAAAGUAUCUAUGCUGCUGAUAAAUUCCAGUGUCAGUACCAAAGAAGAAGCAGGCUAAUAUAAGAUAACAUGAUGUAUAUUAUUCAUAUUUCCUUCUUCCAUUAUCACAUAUACAAAGUACCAACUUCCUUUAGGUAUUAGUAUUUCUUUAAACAGCCUUCAUAAUAGUGAAAGUGAAAAUCUGGCCUACCACUUCACCUUACGGUAUUGGUUUUAUUUUCGGUGUGAAUGAUCAGGUCUGUAGUGAUAACCUUUCAUGCUCUUAAUGUGUAUGAGUCAAAAACCAUUAGCUUUUGUAGUUUUUAUCUUCCACUAUGUAUCUUUAAAAGUUAAGGUUAAGAUCAAAGGCUUAUAUGAUUUUCUACAUAUGCCCCGCAGUGUGUUCUGCACAUCAGGAGGAAAGAUAGUUAAACAGUAUUAAGCUAAGAGGUAUGGAUAAGAUGAAGAAAGUUCCCAAAUUAUCUCCAUACGCACUGUGGCUAGAAUGAUACCAUACCUGGGAUGUGAAUAUUUUUGCAUAGAUGAUUGAGGCACUCUUUGUUUUUUAAGAUGCAUAUGGUAUAAUUUUUUUUUUUUUUAUUCCUUUAUUCCUUUUAUGAAAAUUAAUCUCUUCCAAGUCAUAGCAACUCAAGUCUUGAUAUUUUUUCUUUGAAAAAGUUGUUCCUUUUAUUUUCAUAUUCAGACAUGUCAUAAUAUAAUUGCAUAGUAGGUAUUCAUUCCACAGUGAAAUAUUUGUACAAUACUUGUGAGUGUAUAAGUAUUUUGUUUCUUGGAUUAUUUUUCACAUAUAUAUUUCUUUAAAGUAAAAGCUUAAAGUUGCUGCACAUACUAAGCUGCUUUUUUCAUGCCUCUUUAAUAAGCCUCUUUUAGUUUGGUGUUCAUCUCGUUGUUUUAUACCAUCAAUCAAAUGAUGAAAUUAUUGUAAGCAAAAUUUGCUGAAUUGUUAACAGGAAUGUGUAUCUUGAGCAGUGUGGGGAAACUGUUUGUGGUUUUGUUAACCUUUGUGGUAGAAUUCUAUGAAUUUUUCACAUUCACAUUUGUGAUAUAUUUAGAAAAUCAUCAGAAAUGUGAUAUCAUUCCAUGUCCACAUCCACAAAUUAUUACAUUCUGUGUCCCUACACUGCCAAUCAUAUACAAAACCCUAAAUAUGUAUCAGUGCUGUAUACCUAUCAAGAGUGGCGUUGUGUCUAUUUAUAUAAGUAUUUUACUUAUUUUAAAAGAGGGAGAAGCGUAAUUACACAAUCUAAUGUUGUAGGUUGUGUGGGAUUUAGAAGUGCAUCUCCUUGGUAGCAUUGCCUGAGAGGUUGUUCAUUAGGAGUCUGAAACUUGAAGAAUUAAUGUUAAGAGAUUAUUGGCAGAAGUAUAAACAGCUGUUGGCCAAAGAAGAUCAAAUAUACAAGUUGCAUUGCAUAUUGGCUCCCAAUAAGAGAAUUGUCUAAGUUCAAGAAAAAUUUUGGCAGUGAGGCUGAAUUUAUAGGAAUGUAAACAGUAUUGAAUGAAAUUGACAAGGAAUGUUAUGCUAUGUAGGGAGAUUCUCACAUGUUUCCCACACACAUUUUAUAGUUCCCUUUGUGUGUACAGUUUUAUCAACUUGACACCAGAAAUAGUUGAAUUACUGUUUGUUUAACAUGUGCCUCAUUUAAAAUCGUUCUUUUAGAGUCUAAUAUUAGCAGCUGUUUAUGAUACAUGAAAAAUGAAAAAGUCCUUAUUUCUUGGCUAUGAUAUAAAUUUCCUUUAUUUCAAAACCUUAUAGUGCAUAUGGAAAUUUUAGCUUAUGGUUUCUAGUUACGUCAUGUCCACAGGGUUACCGGUUGACUGUCUGGUCAUCUGGUGUCAUGUUGCUUUUCUAUUAUUGUAGGGCAUAGUUCCGUCUUGCUUGCAACGACAGAGGAAGUCUUCUAUUCUUGGGCACAUUGCUCCCAUAAAAUUCUAGGUCCAUUUGUGACAUCACUAGAUUAUGAUUUAUGGGCUUUAACUGAAUAAAUAUUUUUGUAAGGAUAUUUUUAUGUGAACGCAGAGGCUAUGAGUUACCUUACAGAAUUAACCUUAAAAAAAGCCUUGCACGGAUAGGGAUAUGUGAAUAGGCAUUUUACACAGAAUGAAAAACUGCCAGAUCUGCUGCAUGUAGCAUUUUAUAAGUUUCACAUUAGAUUUGCUUUGAAAGAUCUUCCUUGUAACUUUUGAUUGGAAGUUAUUUGUAUUAGGUAGUAUAUAAAUUGUCUCUAUUCUUGCAGCCUGAGUUCUAGAAGUUGUGGUGGCUUAUUCAGAACAUUCCAUGACAUUAGCAUGAAAUCAAAAUAGAUUUUUGAUCUGUAAGACAAUUUUGGUAGAUUUUUAAAUAAUUUAGAAUUAAGUGCAAAUAUUAUUGGCAAAAUUGAUUUUAAAAUUCACUUUCAAUUAAAUGGACAAUUUGAAUUUUCUAAAUGAUUUAAUAGUUUAGUUGAAAGAAUAUUUAAGUAUCCUAAAAUCUCUAAAAAUUGUUUUAUGCUUCCAUUAAUCCAAUACAUGGAACAAGUGAUACAUGCUUGCUGUAUUGCAAGCUACGACCUACUUUGUUAUUCUUUGUGCUACUGUUGAAGCUAUUAUUUGGGUCCAAAGACAGAUGGUAUAUGUAGGUGUAGCAGAUGGAUGUCUGUAUUUAUCAUGAUAAUUUUACUAUUUCAUGUAUCUGAGUGUUACAUGAAGCAUUAAUGGGAGGGAUUUUCAGGGAAAAUAUAUGGAUAAAGAAGACUGAAGCAAGUGCAUGAAGCAACCCUUCAUGUGUGAAUAUUUACCUUUUCUUUGAGAACAUCUUUAUAUCAUGGAUCAAACAUGAGUUGCUUUAGAAAUUUUAGCUAUUCUUGUUUCUAAGACCAUGAUGAAAAGAGCUUGAGAAUCUUUGUACAGAGAGAUACCUUAAAACAUUGGCCAAAGCUCUAGAAUAUUAAUAUCAGGGCAGUAAAAGUAUCUCAGACAUAUGUCUUCUUGUUUUGAAUCUGUAAUCAAAUAAAAUUUGUUGAGACAUUAAUCUCUAGUUUAGUUAAUCAUAUUUAGCAAUAAUGGAAGAUAACUGGGAAUAUUCAUGUAUAUUUUCAGUGUUCAUGUAUGUAAUUGUUUCCUAAUUGUUUCAAAUGUAUUCUUUUACAUAAAGCCUGGUUGAUGAAUUGAAUAUUACUUGAAGUUAGUAUUAAUAUAUUAUUUGUACUAAAGUGACUUUUGUCUCACAAGCUUUCAAGAUCUUAUAAGGAUACAACUACUUAAAAUGGAAUGGAGGUAAAAGAUAUUUCUAAGGAGUGCUCUUGUACAUAAUUCUCAGUGUCUCGUUUGUGGCCAAAGUUAUCAGUAUUAAUCCUAAGAUCUUAAAAGCAUACUAUUUUAGGUUAUUCAGAACUGGAGUAAGACAUUACUCCUAAACUAGUACAGUCAGGCAGAGUUUGGGAGUGGCAAAACUAAAGCUACUUUGUAUUUUCAGCAUCAGGACUCCUAUUUGUAACUUGGCCAAGAUUGUGAAAAAUGAAGACAUUUCUUGUGUACAUACAUAUUUUAUGUUUGAUUAUAUGAUUUUAAUGCAGACAUGUUAAGUAAGAAAUACUAAUGGCAACUUUAGUUUUGCUGUUGCCAAUUGUUCUCUUUACAGUGCAAUUGCAUGAAGCUCAUCAUAUAUUGUCUUUUCUUCCAGUCUGAGUGUCUGAUACUCUAAUGUGUUACCUUAAGUCUUAAUAGUGUUGUAGCUAAUGGUAGAUGUAAAACAGAAAUUCUAUCAUUAGCUCCCAACUAGUAAACAUGAAAUCUUAUUACUGAUUUAUCUGUCUGUAAUAUAAUUUUUGUGACAAUUCUACAUAAGUACACAUUACUUGAAUAAUCAUUGCUACCAACUUAAAUAGUGAUAAAAUUAAUUCCUUUUCUGUGUAGGACUCCAUAAUAAUAAUAAACACAUCAAUGUUGAUGUUAAAUGAUUCUUGUGUGCUAUUCCAUUCAAGCCUAUUUCUAAUGUUAGAUCAGAAAACUAGGUUUUCUUAUAUAUUAGUAAGGGUCUCUAACCUAAGGAGUUUUUUGCCAUGACCUCAUCCUUCUGCUCUGUUCCUCUACAGUAACUGGCCCAUGUUGCCAACUGUUACCAGUGUGUACUGUGUAUAUAUGCAUCCAUUAUUAGGUCAUUUGUUGUCUUGUUGAGCCUGCCAAAUAUAUCAUGUAGACAUG